CCUCCCCCUUCACCCCGGCUCCCGGUGCCCGUCUCCAGCGCCGCCGGAGCCAGCGAGGGAGCUGGAGGGAGCAGGAGGAGGAGGAGGAGGAGGCCGCGUCGCCGCCGCUCGGAGCCCGGCCGGAGCCUCCCAGGCAGGUACAUGGUUCGGGUCCGAGCUGUGGUGAUGGCCCGAGAUGACUCCAGUGGGGGCUGGCUGCCUGUGGGGGGCGGGGGCCUCAGCCAGGUGAGCGUGUGUCGGGUCCGAGGGGCCAGGCCCGAGGGGGGGACCCGCCAGGGGCACUACGUCAUCCACGGGGAGCGCCUCCGGGAUCAGAAAACCACCCUGGAAUGCACCCUGAGGCCAGGCUUGGUUUACAACAAAGUGAACCCCAUCUUCCACCACUGGAGCUUGGGUGACUGCAAGUUUGGGCUGACGUUUCAGAGUCCCGCUGAGGCUGAUGAGUUCCAGAAGAGCCUACUGGCUGCCCUGGCUGCCUUGGGCCGAGGCUCGCUCACCCCCUCCUCUUCCUCCUCCUCCUCCCCUUCCCAGGACACCGCAGAGACCCCCUGCCCUCUGACGUCCCACGUGGACAGCGACUCCUCCUCCAGUCAUAGCCGCCAGGAGAUGCCUCCCACUGCCGCAGCCCCCAUUGCCACGGUGGAGUCUGCCUCUGUCUUCGGGCCCACCACGCCGCCCCAGCGCCGCUGCUCCUUGGCUCAGAGCUACCCUCCGCUUCUGCCGUUUACGGGGAUUCCGGAGCCCUCAGAUCCUGUGGCUGGGGCAGGAGGCCCGGGCUGGGGUGGCCGCGGCUAUGAGGAUUACCGACGCUCUGGACCACCCGCGCCCCUCGCCCUGUCCACCUGUGUUGUGCGCUUUGCCAAGACUGGCACGUUGAGGGGUGCAGCCCUGGGUCCCCCAGUGUCAUUACCUGCCCCUCUUACCGAGUCUACGCCCCCAGCACCCCCGGCUCGCCCACCCCCGGGCCCCACCCCUGCACCAGCCAAGGCCUCCCCAGAGGCGGAGGAGGCUGCGCGCUGUGUGCACUGCCGAGCGCUCUUCCGCCGCCGUGCGGAUGGGCGUGGGGGCCGCUGCGCCGAGGCCCCAGAUCCGGGUCGCCUGCUGGUGCGACGUCUCAGCUGCCUGUGGUGCGCCGAGAGCUUGCUCUACCAUUGCCUGUCAGAUGCCGAGGGUGACUUCUCGGACCCGUGCGCCUGCGAGCCGGGCCACCCGCGCCCUGCUGCGCGUUGGGCAGCGCUGGCUGCGCUCUCACUGGCCGUACCCUGCCUCUGCUGCUAUGCGCCCCUGCGUGCGUGCCAUUGGGUUGCGGUUCGAUGCGGCUGCGCAGGCUGUGGGGGUCGCCACGAGGAAGCUGCGCGAUGAGGACCAGCUGGCAGGUCUGGUGGCAGGACCAGGAACCCAGCAUUGAGAGUCCAGGAUCCCAGACUUGGACUCGGUUUGAACAUAGAAUUCAAACCAUGGCACAUUUGGAACUUGGAGCUUGAGUUUGAACUGAGAGAUCCCAGACCUGGAGCCUGGGCCCAAACCUGGGACUGAUGACCUUACACCUAGCAUCAUUAGGAUGUC